GUACGCUGGGUUACUAUUACCCAGGGAGGCUUCCAGAGCAGGGCGUGCUGCAUGCGUGUGCGAUGCUUCGCUUCGAGUGAGCCCCGAUCCCUACUAACAAAUCUGGGUCUGGUAGACGCGCUGCUCCCUAAUGGGCAACACCAGCUUCACCGAGGGGAAGACAGCCUUAACCCUGGGCAAUACCACCAUCAAGAGGGACAAGACCAAACUCAACAUGGGGAACUCCUCCAUCUCCCGCGGGAAGAAACUGACAUCGCUGGGGUCCUCCACCAUCACCAGUGGCAAGACCAAGAUCUCCCUGGGAGGAGCGUCCUUCAGCCGGGGCACCACCACAACAUCUUUUCGGAAAGCCUUCUUCCCCAAACGCAAGACGCUCUAG